AUGUCUGGGCACGGAAAAACCGGUGGCAAAGCCAGAGCUAUGGCCAAGACCCGCUCUUCCAGAGCCGGACUGCAGUUCUCAGUGGGCCGUGUCCACAGGCUGCUGAGGAAGGGCAACUACGCCGAGCAUGUCAGUGUCGGAGCUCCGGUCUACCUGGCGGCAGUGCUGGAGUACCUGACUGCUGAGAUCCUGGAGCUGGCGGGAAACACAGCUCGCGACAACAAGAAGACCCGGAUCAUCCCUCGCCACUUGCAGCUGGCCGUGCGUGAGGAUGAGGAGCUGAACAAGCUGCUGGGAGGAGUGUCCAUCACUCAAUGAGGGGUCCUGCCCAACAUCCAUGUGGUCCUGCUGCCCAAGACAACUGAGAAACACGUCUAGUCCAAGUAGAUCCUCCAGACUACAAAACCCAAAGUUAGGAGUCAUCAGAACUCUGUA